GCAUGCAUGAAAACAUUCAUGUAGCGUGUUUAUGUUGUUUUUGAACAUAACAUUCAUUAAAAGCUUUAAGAAGUUUAAACUAAGUAGAUAUUAAAUUUUAACGUUGAUAGCGACUGAGACAGCAAUUUACAAUGGGUCAAUUUGGUCCAAAUAAGCCUCGGAAAAUUCCAGUCCCUAAACGCCACGGUGUGCGCGACCCUAUUAAAAAAUUGGCUGAACGAGAAGCCCUGAUUAAAGACAAAGUAAACAAUCCGCCUCGGGAGAGAAAUCUACAGGAAGUUUCGAACCGAUUCAAGCGAUUUGUACAGCUUAAAGAGGAAAGUAAAAACCCUGAUUUUGCGAGAAUUCAACAACAAAAGUCGCGCCGAAAACAGCAAUCCAAGAAAUCCAGUCUACACGUGGGCGAUUCGGUGGUCCAGCAGCUCCCCAAGGAGACAGCGACCGCAUUUCUUCAGCGUGCCAGCAAAAUUCAAAACGAUCGGGAGCUGGAAGCCACAUUUUCCUCCAAAUAUAACGUAGAAAUUGAGCGUAACGAGCAGACCGGAGCCAUCAAGCUGCGGAAGCGAAAGGCUAAUGAAAUCGAUGAGCUUCUGAAGAAAAAGGCACGCGAGACGAAGGGAUACAAGGCUAAAAGUGUGUCGAAGGUAGCGAAAAAGAAGCUAACUUUGUCCGAGAAAAAGGCCCUCAAGAAACAAAAAAUAAACGAACAGAAACAAAAGGAAGAGGAUCGUUUGCUGGAAGAGUAUCAGCUGGAUACGGUGGCGUUUGGAGAGACUGUCCACGGGCCACCUUCACUGAAUGUCAAACCUAGACGGGCAGCCCAACUGGAGGGAGCACCUCGGCCUGGAACCAAAAGUUUACUGCUGCACUCCAUUCUGAAUAAAACAAAUACCUCAGAGGAUGCGGCAGACGAGGCACAAUCGGUCGAGAAAAGGAAAAAAUCUAAGAAAACUCCCGAAUCCACCAAGUUGGAUCUUAAAGGUAAGAGGAAAAAAUUGCCCAUUGCAACGAGAAUGCGUUUGGACCAGGAACGGCAAAACGUAGUUGAAAUGUAUCGCAAAUUGAAAAAAUCAUCUAAAUAAACCGUGUUCGGGAAUGGAUUGAAACGCGAAGGGCUUUGAACUUUGGUUUAAGAUCAGGGAAAUGUAUUUUUUUGGAAGUUUUACAACUUAAUUGCGAGUCAUCUAAAGGCAAUAAUUGAAAUAUUUA